AUGCAAACAAAUUGGCUCAAUUUCACUUAAUUGAAUGUAUAUCAAAAUUUGGUCACAUGUACAAUACAAACUUCUUUCUUCUUCCUCCUACAAAAGUCCCAUUUACAAUUCAUUGUUGGCUUUUGGGCAUUAAAGAAAGCUGAAGAUUCGGAUAAAGUGUCAAACCACAGACACAGAGAAGGUGAAGAUGGGGUUGGAGCCACUGGUUAUGGUUAGGAGGCUAAUCAUCUCCCUGCAUGCAAGUUUACUGAUAGAAGAGCAACUUUUUUACUGAUUCUGUUCUUCCUAUUUGCGAGGAGGUCAUGAACUGCAGAAAUUGAAGUAUAGAAAUAUCUAACUUGCUUGAAAUGGUGCACGUUAAGUCCUCUAAUACAGUUAUUCCAAGUGAGCCUACCCCGAAUGAAAAAUACUUGUUGUCUGACUUUGAUCAAAUUAGGCUCUGGAAUCAUGUAUCACUCUUAUAUUUCUACAAGCCCCAAAACAGCAACAGUAGGGGCUGUAGAGUAGUAUCUGUAAUUGAGAUGAUGAGAAAUUCUCUGAGCCAAGCUUUGGUUCCUUAUUAUCCUUUAGCUGGCAGACUACAUUGGAGUGAAGGGGUUCGACUAGAGCUUCAUUGCAAAGCCAAGGGAGUGCUACUUCUGGAAGCAGAUACUGAAGCAACAUUGGAGGACCUUGCUGAUUUUGCUCCAACUCAAGCUCUUAAGGAGCUUACCCCUUUGGUUGAUUACGGUUCUAUUGAGGAAAUGCCUUUGCUGCUAGUACAACUAACAAGUUUCAGGUGUGGAGGUCUCUGUGUUGGAGUAGCUAUAUGCCGUGCUAUUCUUGAUGGAACAGCUACAUUUGGUUUCAUGAAAUCAUGGGCCAAGUUGGCUCGAGGAGAGAAAUUAGAUGUAUUGCCAUUCCUUGACAGAUUUGUGUUGAAAUCUAGUGAAAAGCCUACAACACCACGCUUCGAUCACGAUGAGUUCAAGAAAUUGCCAAUUUCUACAGGUUUCUUUAAAUCCAAAGCAGAGCAUCACAAUGAAAGCAUUGCUGUCAUGCUGAAAGUCACAAAAGAGCAGAUAAAUAAACUAAAGAAGAUGGCAAAUGAGAUAUAUCAUGAUCAAAACAUGGUGAAGCAGAGACCCUUUAGUAGAUUUGAGGUCUUGUCUGCCCAUAUUUGGAGGUGUGCUUGCAAGGCUCGCUACAAUGGAGACAAUCACCAACCAACAAGAGUAUGCAUCAUCGUUGACUGCCGUAAAAGGAUGAAUCCACCUUUACCAGCAGGGUACCUUGGAAAUGCAAGAUUGCCUACAGUGACACCACCAUACGUCUUUGAUGAUCUCAUAUCCAAGCCAUUGUGUUAUGCUGCUUGGAAAAUAAGGGAAGCCGUUAACAAGAUGACAGAUGAGUACAUAAGGUCAGCUCUUGGUUUCAUAGCAAGUAACACAAAUAUGGAUGUGCUAAGAACAUCCUACCUAAAACCAGUGUCAGUUGAAGGAUCUGAUGAUUUAGGGAAUCCUAACCUUAAUAUUGUUAGUUGGAUGAAUAUGCCAAUUCAUGAUACUGAUUUUGGGUGGGGAAAGCCUACAUAUAUGGGUCCAGGUUCCAUAAAUUUUGAAGGUAAGGCUUUCAUCAUGUCGAGCAGUGAUGGUGAUGGAUCUAUCAGCAUACCGUUUUGCUUGAAAGCAGCACAUAUGGAUUCAUUCAUGAAGUUCUUUUACGAGGAUAUACGAGAAGUACCCUUUCCUUAUUCCAAAAUUUGAUAAAGCCAUGAGUUUCAAUGCUGUUAAAGUUGUAUUAGUGGCUAUAAAAGUAAGAAAUUGUAGAACUGUGACAUUAUGUGACUUUAUGAUUUAAUUUAAAUAGAAGUGGGAUAGAAAUCUCUCUUCUAAGAUGUUUUCUUUUGUCCCUACAAAUUGUGUGGUUAUCCUAGGAACAUUUACAAAGUUUUCUAAACCUGGCUUUUCAAGUGAAGUCGGUGAGCAAGACAGAGACACGAAAUCGGGACAAUCUUUUAAGGCUUGUGGUAUUAUGUUGAAAUCAAAUUAAAUGCGCUAGCAGCUAAAAGCAUCAAAAUAUGAAAUGUUCAUAAAAUCAGUGACUAUAGGAUUUCCCAAACUACGCAAUGUCUGUCAUAAAGCUCCUCAAAAGGACUAGAUAUGUAGAGAGAUUUUGUAUGAAGUAUUUGGGUUUUGGUAAGAGUCAAUGAAGACUGUUUUGGACU